AUGACGUCACGAGAAAUAGUCAAGAUGGCGGAGACCGAGUUGAACGUCGAUAGCUUGAUAUCGCGCCUUUUGGAAGUUCGAGGAUGCAGACCAGGAAAAACUGUUCAAAUGACAGAGGCAGAAGUGAGAGGAUUGUGUCUUAAGUCACGUGAAAUCUUCCUCAGUCAGCCUAUCCUACUAGAGCUGGAGGCUCCAUUGAAAAUAUGUGGUGAUAUCCAUGGACAGUACACAGACCUAUUGCGACUGUUUGAGUAUGGAGGAUUCCCCCCAGAAUCCAACUAUUUGUUUCUAGGCGAUUAUGUAGACAGAGGAAAACAAUCCUUGGAAACAAUUUGCUUACUUCUUGCUUACAAAAUUAAAUACCCAGAGAAUUUCUUCCUUUUACGUGGAAACCAUGAAUGUGCAAGUAUCAACAGAAUAUAUGGAUUUUAUGAUGAAUGCAAAAGAAGAUUUAACGUAAAGCUAUGGAAGACAUUUACAGAUUGCUUCAACUGUUUACCAAUAGCAGCCAUUAUUGAUGAAAAGAUCUUCUGUUGUCAUGGUGGUCUGUCACCAGAUCUCCAGUCUAUGGAGCAGAUCCGGAGAAUUAUGCGUCCAACCGAUGUACCUGAUACAGGUUUGCUAUGUGACCUGUUGUGGUCUGAUCCUGACAAGGACGUCCAGGGCUGGGGAGAAAAUGAUCGUGGUGUGUCCUUUACGUUUGGAGCAGAUGUUGUCAGCAAGUUUCUUAAUCGUCAUGACUUGGACUUGAUUUGUCGUGCCCAUCAAGUUGUAGAAGAUGGGUAUGAGUUUUUUGCCAAAAGACAGUUAGUGACCCUGUUUUCAGCACCAAACUACUGUGGAGAAUUUGACAAUGCAGGAGGCAUGAUGUCUGUGGAUGAGACAUUGAUGUGCUCUUUUCAGAUUUUAAAGCCAUCCGAAAAGAAAGCCAAGUACCAGUAUGGAGGUUUGAAUUCUGGUCGCCCAGUAACUCCCCCGAGAGGGCCACAGCCACCAAAGAAGAAAUGAUCGUAGGCCAGGAUAGUGUGGGGCACCUGCUGAUAACAGCUGUCCCCCUUUAAGGUGAAACCUUGUAAUGUGGACAAUAUCUAGCACAGACAUCAAAAUCUGCCAGAGCUAGCAGAUCCUAUCAUGUGUGGAGGUUUCAUCAUAAAGAGUGAUCAGCUCUACUUGACCACUGUUGUCAUUGUGUAUGAUAGACUGAGUGCCAGGUAGACGACAUCCAGUGCUGGAGUAGCCUCAGUAUAAACAUUAUACAGUGUAUAUAGCUUAAGUUUUAUGGAGCAUCUCAAGUUGUUUUGUCGGCUCUUAUUUUUAUGAUGUGAAUAAAAUAAAAAUGACAGAACUUAAUAGCACCCUGUAAAUGCAAUGAGAUAUCUGUGAUUAAACAGUGGAAGGCUCCGCAGAUCCCCUGUAUAGAAAAAGUUUUUUAUUUACCUUUUGAUGCGCUAUUUUGAUGCACUGUUAGAAGAACAAAGUGUUAAUGUAGAUAGCAUGCACCAGGGAGUAUGGAGGUAUAUCUAUGCAGUGUGUGGAGUAGGUGUGUAUAUGAGAGACAUGGUUGUAUGUGAAGGAGAUGAGAGCAAAUGUGAAAGUGUGCCAGUUUAUGUACGGAGAAUAUCUUAAACACUGACAGUAAGCAUUAGACACCUGUAGCUCAGAUUUAAGGCUUGUAACUGGUGAAUCCUAAGGGAUUUACAGCACAUUAUGGUCUCUUAUGUGGUGCAUGGACAAUUCAUCAAACAUAUUGCCACAAUGUAGUUCUUUUUCUUUUUGUGUUAAGUUUCUUUUUUCCAGUGAACUAUAUGUACCAAGUGUAUAAGUACUGUAUUAUUAUCUAAUAAUCAUAUCCAUGUAUGUACUCCAAGGUUUACUUUUCAUGUACCUUCCUUAUCAUAACCAAAGACUUUAUAUUAUUUUUUUUUAAUACUUGCUUCUGCAAGCCCAGAAAAUCUGACGAGACACUUUGUAACUAAGUUAAAAACCUUAUUAUUUCACGAUGAUUUUUGCAAGCUGCUUAAAACUACCAGGAAUUUCUCCAUUGCACUGUUAAUGGUUCCAUGUGGCCCUAUGCGCUAAGAAAAAAUUUAAUACUGAUUAAGUAUUAUUAAAGUUUUUGAGGACGUUGGUGUAUGUACAUGUAAUGCCUCAAUCAUGAAAUAUGAUGUUGGCCUCUACAGCUACACCACGGCUAGUACAUGAUUAUCUUGAUCAGCCUGCAUUCAUUAUAGAAGGCAGGUACUUUUCUUCACUUGAAUGAUACAAUAAUGAAUAUUUUUUCUAAACUGCAUAUAUACUAUGAAUAUAUUUUCUUUAAAUUAUCAUUUAAAAGUUAAAAUAGUAUGAACCUUGCCAAAAUAUUCCAGUCUCAGAGGUUACAAAUCUGAACCCUUGAUAGUUUUUCAUUCAUUAAUGUAUAAUGAUAAUUUGUGGCAUAUGACUCUGGUCAGUACUGAAAAUGUGAUGUCAAGACUAAGGGACCAAAUGUCAUGGGCACUAAUGUGAUUAGUAUUUUCAGAAGAAAACAUUGAAAUCCAUACCAUGAAGGCAAGGUAAUGGCUGGAAAUCAAGGUGAAUUCACUCCAAGGCAGAGCCUUUUAAACAUUUGAUGUAGCCUUUGUAGGCAACUUUAAGAUUAUAUCACAACAACAAUUUUUGAAGUUGUGGUUAUUGAAAUCAGUUCAUAAUCAAAAGCAGUUUGAUCAGAAAGUGGCUCAUGUGACUAGCUGCCUCUAGAAGAAUUGACAGGUAGUUUGGUUUAAUCUCUGCAGCAAGUAUUACCACAGUUUGUUACCCCAGAUACUUGUAUUUGUAAUUGGAUAACCAGUGGUUUGGGAUAAGUUAGAUAUUUUGUGUGUAUUUUUGUUGUGCUUUGAUGCUAGCCUUUCUAUGAUGCACUGUAAGCAUGUCUGUGGAUGAUCAAAGGCUUCACAAAACCUUCAGUGUACUAAUUCCUUUGUUACAUGUUUUUAUUUAGUUUAUUUAUUUUUAGGUGGUGUGCUAUUUUGUUUAUCCAAAAUCUGCUCUUUGAUCAGUUUUGUUAAAGAAAUUAAUAGGGGAUUUGUUACUCUUUGAAACUGACUGUCUUAUUAAAUGUACAUGAAAGUGUGUGUGUAGGAAUUGUGAGGUUCACACAUACCUAUAACUGUAUGAAAAGAAAAUUUCUUUUUUUUAGUUAAGAAUAUUUGAUGACAAUGUUGCCUGUGUGUUGAUGGUGCUGUAGAUGUUAGUAGACUAGACAAUGCUACAUAAUACUGGUCAUCGGACACACAGUCUGGACAAUGCUAUGUAAUACUGCUCCCAGGACGCAGCCAGGAUGAUGCAACGUAAUGCUGCUCAUCGGACACCCAGCCUGGUCAAUGCUGCAUAAUAUUGCUCACAGGACACAGCCUGGCAAUGCUUAGUAAUACUGCUCAUCCGACAUACAGCCUGGAUGAUGUUAUGUAGUACUGCUCACAGGACAUACAGCCAAAACAAUGCUAUGUAAUACUGCUCACAGGACACAGCCUGGACAAUGUAAUACUGCUUGUUAUUGGCUACUGAUAGCUGCAUACUGUCGUAGAAUCAAGGUUGUAUUCAUUAGAUUUCCUGCUGUUCUAACCAGAAUCUGCUACCAUCAUUACAUUGUCAAAUUUUGUUCAGAAUUGAUACCUGUUUGAAAUCAGAUUUAAAACAGAAAUAAAAUUGAAAUCUCAGAAUGUGCAUUUGUCCAUGAUCUGGACUACAGAAAUGUAUGAAGAUUUACAUGUAGAGUUUCUCUAUCAUUUUUGCUGAAAUAAAACUAUCAGAUGGGUAGAAGUGAAUACAUUUUUUGCAAGUGUCUCAGGCAUUUCUUUACUUUUCAUAGCUGAGAGCACUUGAGAAAGCCAAUCAUUGAUAUUUAUAGCUAUUGUUUCUAUUGAGCAAGUGUGUCUGUUGUAUACACCAGUUGACAUCAUUUUAUCUACAUGUCUCAACUGGAAUAAACAUAUGUAUCAUAAUUUGGAUAUAUAGAUCUUGUUUGUUAAUAGAUUUGUAGUGUGAUGGACAUGAGUUGCAUGAGUACAUACAACAUUUCAGGUGAUGAUACAAGAUGAUCCAAAUUGUAACACAUUUUUCAAGGUUUGUUUGGUGAAUAUGUUCCAUAAAUUGUGAAGAUAUUUUAUAAAAUAUUAACAAAAUACACAUAUUUCUGUAAA